AUGGAGGAAGAAGAACUGGAACUGUCUUUAUCAAACAAUUUAUCCUGUAGCCUAACUUCUAUGUCUUCAGUGCAUAAUGAUUUAAAGAAAAGUGCCAGUGGGGCAAGGGAUGAACCCAGUGGCUUUGAUGGAACCAAGUUAUUCGAUGAGUCCCAUUCCAAAACUAGUCCAUACAGAAUUGAAUCUGAUAUGGGUCUCCAUCUUGGUUUGUCAGUGGGCUCUUUUUUAUCUGUUGAUAAUGCAGACAAGAAUGAGCUAAUAGAUCAAGCAACUGACGUCCCGGGCAUGACUUCAGACAAAUGUUUUUUGAAAGGAGAUGAAAUUGAAGCCAAUGCUUGUAAGGACAAUGUCGGAGUGGCUUGUGGAAAGAGAAAGCAUGCUGAUAUCAGUAAUGAGCAAGUUCAUAUAAAGGCUGAGGAUGGAGAUGCCACGCCUGAACUACUGGAUGAAGCUGUGCAAAAGAAAAUUAAAGCCACUGAUAGUCAAAUGAGCAUUACUAAUGACUCCGCCAAUGCUCAUCUUUCAGAAAAUGCUCUGAAAGACCCUGCUUUAAAACAUUCUCCAACAAAGCCAACUGUUGCAUCAGAUAUAAUGAAUAUAGUUAUAGGGACUAAUCGGAGGCUUUCCAAGGGACAUACUGAUACUAAUGCUUGUGACAAGUCAUCUGAAAACAAAGGAAAUAUGGCUGGGUUGAGGGUUAAAAAGAUCAUGAAAAGAAAUUCCGAGGAUAGAGAAUCAUCCUUGGUAGUUCAAAAUCUAAGGAAGGAAAUUAGAGAAGCUGUCCGUAACAAAUCCUCUAUAAACUUUGAGGAUAACCAUUUUGAUCCCAAGCUUCUUGAAGCAUUUAGGGCUGCUAUAACAGGGCCUAAAACUGAACUUGUAAACAAGUUAUCCCCUGCAGCUAUAAAGGCAAAGAAGUCAAUGUUGCAGAAGGGAAAAGUGCGUGAAAAUUUAACAAAGAAAAUUUUUGGGAGUUCCAGUGGAAGGAGAAAGCGUGCAUGGGAUAGGGACUGUGAAAUUGAGUUUUGGAAAUAUCGUUGCAUGAGAGCUACAAAGCCUGAAAAGAUUGAAACUUUAAAAUCAGUUCUUGAUCUACUAAGAAAAGGUUCAGAUGGUUCAGAAUUAAAGCAAGCUUCUGAUUGUCAAACCAAAAAUCCUAUUCUUUCCAGGUUAUAUUUAGCAGAUACAUCUGUUUUUCCCCGGAAAGAGGAUGUCAAACCUCUCGCUGUGCUUAAAACUGUUGCUAAAUCUGAAGAAACUAAACAAAACAACCCAUCAGAGAAAGUACCAAAUCUAUCUGUUGAUAACAGUACUGUUAAAGCAACCAAUGUAAACAAUAUCUCAUCAACGAUCAGUUUUGUUUCAUCUGAAAAAAAAGUAGACAAGAAGAGUGUACAAGGUCCAGUUGGUGAUAGUUUAACUUCUGGUAAAGUACGUUUAAACAAUCACUCAGAAAGGACACCAGUUUUGUCAGCUGGUGCAAAAACUAGCACAAAGGAGUUAGGCCUUAAAUCUGGUUGCAUGAAGAGUGAUAAAAGAAAAUGGGCCUUGGAGGUCCUUGCGAGGAAAACAGCUACCACCAGCGGAAACACAGCAAAUGGAAAUCAGGAAGAAAAUGCAAUUUUCAAAGGAAAUUAUCCUUUACUUGCCCAAUUGCCAAUUGAUAUGAGACCAGCAUUAGCACCUUGUCGACACAAUAAAAUUCCUAUAUCAGUUAGGCAGACACAACUUUACCGUCUGACAGAGCGCUUAUUGAGGAACACAAACCUGUCUGUGAUCUGCAGAACUGGCAUUACAGAAUUAGCUGUUGCAGAUGCAAUUAAUAUUGAAAAAGAGGUUGCUGACAGAUCAAACAGCAAGCUUGUGUAUUUGAACCUUUGUUCACAAGAGCUUUUGCAUCACACAAAUAACACAAAGUCCGGUGUAGCCACAGAUACAAGUCCACCAGCUACAUCAACAAUGCUUACUGAUCAACAAUCAGAAUUAAAUACUGAUGAUCUGUCAGCUGACCCUGCAGUUGAAACAGCCUUGAAAAAUGCUGGUCUUCUGUCUGAUUCCCCACCUAGCAGUUCACAUGAGAACAGAGAAACAUGUAAUGAUGACAUGUCGGGGCCUGAUAAUAUAUUUGAACUGGAUUCUCAUCCUGAUCUGGAUAUAUAUGGUGAUUUUGAGUAUGAUUUGGAAAACGAAGAUUAUAUUGGUGCUAGUGUAACAAAUGUCUCAAAUCCAAAACCGGAGCAAAAUGAGUCAAAAGUGAAACUUGUUUUCUCCACCAUGAGCGUGAAAAAGUCAGAUAUAGCUUUGGAUUGUGCAGACUGUGAGGGGUCUGAAAGAAAUAAAGUGCCAGGAGAUGCAUCUUGCUCACCAAGUUGUCACAAUGAUGCAGUUCUUAGGGCUAGGGCUUCUACAAUUGAUCCGGAGACAGACCAGCUUUCUGUUUCUUCUGAGCUCCUAUCUUUUGGGAGUGCUAUUGAGCCUCUUGACUCAGAAUUUGAAGAACUAUUAUAUGGCCCAGACAAAGAACCACUUAUAAAAGAAUUUCAGGCUGGUGAAUCAAGAUCAUUACAUGGAGAUGGCAAGACAGAAACUCAAAGCGUGGCCAAUGACUGCCAAAAUGAUGAAAAACAUGUUUUGGAUAAUGCAGUAAAAGCUUCUUCAGAAGAACAGGGGAAUGAGAAUCUCACAGAAAAAGUUUCUCAUACUACCAUCACCAACCAAUCUUCUAAUAUAUCUGAGGCUGGUGAACAUUUCGAACGGAAGGAAGAAAACUCUGAUAUCACUGCUAAGCAGACUGAUUCGUUAAAUCUUGUAACUAAAAAGGUUGAAGCUUACAUCAAGGAGCACAUGAGACCACUGUGCAAGAGUGGUGUAAUCACGGCUGACCAAUACAGGUGGGCUGUUGCAAAAACGACUGAGAAGGUUAUGAAGUAUCACUGCAAAGCAAAGAAUGCGAAUUUUCUCAUAAAGGAAGGUGAGAAAGUAAAGAAACUUGCAGAGCAGUAUGCUGAAGCAGCCCAACAGAACAGAAAAAAUUGA